GGUGUGCGUGUGCGUGGUGUGAGUGUGGUGUUGAGUUAGUGCAUAAGUUCAGAUACUACAACUGUAACACAGAUCGAGGGGUCUCAAAAAAAAAAAAAAAAAAACAAAACAAAAACGAAUCCGAUACGGUUUCGCAAUCCAAAUCAGAUCGUAGGCCUUGCGUCUCUCAAUAUAUACACGAGCCGUGGACACCAAACGAUCUGUACGUCAGUCCGGCUCCUGCCUUUGCUUGCGCGACGAUGAUGGCCGGACCGAGCAAGAAGCCGCGUCAGUCCGGCGCCGGCCUGGCGGGGAUCGCCGCGCGCCUCAGCAAGCGCCUAGCCGACGAGAACCCGCGCGCCAACCUUGUCUUCUCCCCGCUGUCCAUCUACGCGGCCGUCUCGCUCCUGGCGCCCGGCGCCCGGGGAGACACCCUGGCCGAGAUCCUCCGGCUCCUGGGCGCCCGGUCUCGCGACGAGCUCGAGGAAUCCAUCUCUACCAUGGCGUCCGACGCGCUGAAGGACCGAUCCGAUUCCGGCGGGCCGAGCAUCGCGUUCGCGUGCGGCGUGUGGAACGACAGGACGCGCCCUCUGAAGCCGGCGUACCGCGAGGCCGUCGUCGGCACGUACAUGGCGGAGGCACGCGCGGCGGACUUCCACGAGAACGCGGGGGAGGCGGCGGAGCAGAUCAACGCUUGGGUCGCGGAGGUCACGAGGAGCCUCAUCGACAACAUCGUCUCCGCCAAGUCCUUUGACACUAACACUGACGCCGUGCUCGCCAAUGCCAUAUACUUCAGAGGGAAGUGGGACUUGCCGUUCUACGAGCGGAGCACGACGGACAGGCCGUUCCACCUGCUCGACGGCGCCACGGUCGACGCGCCCUACAUGUACAACUCGGACCGCCACUUCAUCGCCGUGUACGACGGGUUCAAGGUGCUCAAGCUGCAGUACAAGAUGCAGCAACAACAAGGAGACCCUUGGUCGUCGACGGCCAGCUUGAAGAAAGACCCGCAGUACUCCAUGUGCAUCUUCCUACCGGACGCGUACGACGGCUUGCGCACCCUCCUCGACGAGAUAACGUCCCGGCCAGGGUUCGUGCACGACCACCUGCCGUCUAGCAAGGUCAAGGUCUGCCAUUUCGGUGUUCCCAAGUUCAAGCUUGAGUUCCUGAGCAACGUCACCCAAAUUCUCAAAGACUUGGGACUUGUGCUGCCGUUUUGCAUGGGUGCCGACCUGUCGGACAUGAUGGAGGCCGACCGCAGCGGUUUGCCCUUGGUGGUGCAAGACGUCUUCCACAAGGCUGUUGUUGAGGUCAACGAGGAAGGCACCGUAGCUGCGGCGGUCACCAUCAUGCGGAUUGCUCCUGGAUGUGCACCGGGGAUGACGCGGGAGCCGACGGUGGAUUUUGUCGCCGACCAUCCGUUUGCGUAUUUCAUUGUCGAAGAGACUUCAGGGGCGAUCCUCUUUGCAGGGCAUGUCGUGGAUCCUACUGAUGGCAAAGCCGGACAGCCUGCUGCGGCCACGGCUAGAGGAUUCGAGUUGCCGCCCAUGACCAGACAUCCGCUGACGAGGAAUGCUAGCUCCACUGGUCUGGGAACCCUCGCUGCCGGGAAGCGCCUCGCCGAGGAGAGGGCAGACAAGAACAUGAUAUGCAAUUCUAUCCCCACCCGCACCCAAUCGGCGCCUCUCUCCCCAUCCGACCCCUCCCUGCAGCGCCGCCCCUCCACCCUCCCUCCCCCUCUCCUCCCUCCCCACCCGAUCUUCGCCCCGGGUCGUCUCGCGCGAGGCGGUUCCGGGCGACGACCCAAACCCUAGAAAAGGCAAAUGAUCUUCCUCUUCCCGGCCGCUGCCGCGGUCGGGGUCGGCGGUGGCGGCCGCGCCCGGCUGCCAAAGGCAGGGGCGGUGGUGGCGCGCCCAUGGACUCCCCUUCGCGCGGAGGCGGGGUCUUUCAGGGGCGCCGACGGUGAUCGAGGUGAAUGAGGAAGGUACCGAAGCCACGGCUGUCACCAUGGUUAUCGACACUGAAGGAUGCACAAUGGACAGUCGAGAGAGAUCACCUCCGCAAGUGGAUUUCGUCGCCGACCAUCCGUUUGCGUUUUACAUAGUGGAGGAGGCAACUGGCGCGGUUUUCUUCGCCGGGCACGUCCUCGAUCCCUCCAAGGAGGAGCAGCGGUUGAGCCGUCUAUUUGGAUUUCGGAACUAAUCUUCGUACCAGCCAUGCUUAUUUGAUUACUAUGUACUUUUGUAGCCCGUUACUUUUGGAAAUUUGAGUGUGUUUGUAUCAGUGAUGAGUAUUUCUUUUAUCUUAUGAAAUUCUGCA